AUGUCCGCCUACUACAACACCGCCUACUCCACCCAGCCGGCCUACAAGAGGUCAAAGAGCGUCAAGAGUGACCAUGAGGUGACUCUCAAUGGCCCAGUUGAAGUUGCUGGAUCCGUCAAGUCUGGCAGCAGCAUCAACUUGAACGGCGAUGUGAUCAUUCGCGAGAAGCUUGACGCCUACGGAUCCAUUGGCCUUAACGGAAGCAUCAGAUGCGACGGCAAAGUCCAAGCUUAUGGAACCAUCUCAGUGAAUGGUUAUACAGUUGCCAAUGAGAAGAUCAAGGGCCGUGGAAAGCUCAAGGUCGUGGGAACACUGGAGGGAACAGACUUGGAGAUUUAUGGAAACAUCACUAUCAACGGCCACCUGAGAUGCAGAAGUCUUGUCGCAUAUGGAAAUGUGACGUUGAUAGGAAGCGAAUCAAGCUACUAUGUCGAGCAAACCGAGCAAGUCGCUGGAAGAGUCAUGAUGAGAGAGGCUGAGCCUGAUUGGGAAUACUAG